UGCGGGUGUACUUUGGACGGAGGCCUCCGACGGGAGUGGACGAUGCGAGGAGGGUCCGGUCAGGGUGGACCCCGCCCAACGGCCCUCCGGACGGAGCGCCCAAAACCCCGAGGUCCUCAGCGGGCGGGUCGUCACUCGGGCGCAGAGUCCGGGGGCAAAUGGGACUGUGGCCUGUCAGGCGCCUGCGGUUGGAUCCCUUCCUGCUGACCUGCCACACGCUCAGCCAGGCCGGACCGGAGCGGCCCCCAUCAUGGGCUGGGGAGCCGGCGGGAGCUGCACCCCGCGCCCGCCCAUCCACCAGCAGUCGGCACCCGAAACCCGAGUGGUCGCUGUGGUGUUCCUCGGCCUCCUGCUGGACCUCCUGGCCUUCACCUUGUUGCUGCCCCUGCUACCUGCGCUGCUGGAGAGCCACGGCCGUGCGCAGGAUCCUCUUUAUGGCUCGUGGCAGCGCGGGGUGGACUGGUUUGCUGCAGCUAUUGGGAUGCCAGCCGAGAAGAGGUACAACAGUGUCCUGUUCGGAGGUCUGAUUGGCUCCGUCUUCUCCUUCCUGCAGUUCCUCUCAGCGCCCCUCACAGGGGCCGUCUCUGACUGCCUGGGGAGGCGCCCGGUGAUGCUGCUGUCCCUGGCAGGCCUGGCCACCUCGUAUGCCGUGUGGGCCACUUCGAAGAGCUUUGCGGCCUUCCUGGUCUCCAGGAUGAUUGGGGGCAUCAGCAAGGGGAACGUCAGCCUCUCCACCGCCAUUGUCGCCGACCUGGGCUCGUCUCCUGCCCGCAGCAGGGGCAUGGCAGUCAUCGGAGUGGCCUUCUCUUUGGCCUUCACGCUGGGCCCCAUGGUUGGCGCCUCCCUGCCCGUGGAGACGGCGCCCUGGUUGGCCCUGCUCUUCGCGGUCUCCGAUCUGCUGUUCAUCUUCUGCUUCCUGCCGGAGACGCUGCCCCCAGAGAAGCGGGCACCGUCCAUCACGCUGGGGUUCCAAGCUGCUGUUGACCUGCUCAGCCCCCUGGCCCUGCUUUGCUUCUCAGCUGUGGCACGUGGCCCGGACCCGCCCACCGGAGUCAGGCUGGGCAGCCUGCGCCUGCUGGGCCUGGUCUACUUCCUCUAUCUCUUCCUGUUCUCGGGCCUGGAGUUCACGCUGAGCUUUCUCGUGCACCAGCGCUUCCAGUUCAGCAGCCUAGAGCAGGGAAAGAUGUUUUUCUUCAUCGGCCUCACGAUGGCCACCAUCCAGGGCGCCUACGCCCGGCGGAUCAGCCCUGGCGGGGAGAUCGCAGCUGUGAAGCGGGCCAUCCUGCUGCUCGUCCCCGCCUUCCUCCUCAUCGGUUGGGGGCACACGCUGCCCGUGCUGGGCCUGGGGCUGCUGCUCUACUCCUUCGCCGCUGCCAUCGUGGUGCCCUGCCUGUCCUCCGUGGUCGCCAGCUACGGCUCUCCCGGGCAGAAGGGCGUGGUCAUGGGCACGCUGCGGAGCUUGGGCGCCCUGGCCAGGGCUCUGGGGCCCAUGGUGGCCGCCUCAGCGUACUGGCUGGCCGGGGCGCAGGGCUGCUACACCGUGUGCGCGGGGCUCUUCCUGCUCCCCUUCUCCCUCCUGCGGAAGCUGAGGCCUCCGGCAGGGACGCUCAAGGCCGAGUAGCUGAACCACGCCUACCCCAGAGCGGGGCAGCCCACGCAGGGAGUGGGAGGGAGGCCUGGGCCUGGACGGCUCGCACUGCCCGUCUGGCCCCUUCCUCCCCGCCCCCCAGCCCGGGGCGGCCCAGGACUCGCACCUGUGCCUGUGACGCUCCUGUGUGGACCUGCCUGCUGGGAUCAGACUCCAAAAUCUUCCAGGCUUUCUGUUCACUUGUCUUUUAUACUUAUUGACACACAGGGUAUCAGCCAGGCCUCUGAAUGACCAAAUAAAGCAGCUGUUUUAUACCCAG